GGCGGUGUUUCUUCCCUCUUUACACCUUUUCCAUAUUUUUAGACAUCCAUAUUCUAGUUCUCUCUCUCUCUUACACUAACUAUUGCAUUUUUUGCUAACUAUGACAGAUCCUUUCUUCAACUACUUCUUCAACCCCUCCAUGAACCACUUCACUCCUUACACCUUCACUUGUCAUAAUUCCUCUCUGCCGCCGACAGAGGCUCUCCCCCUCCUCAGUUUAGAGCCGUCCGAUCACCAAGAUCAAUCCUCUUCUAGUGCUUUGGAACUAGACGGCAACAACAACAACAACCAAGGGUUGAGAGUCAGUCUCAGCUUAGGGCUUCCCUUCACCGAUUCAGAUCCAACUUCCGGCCACUCCUCCACCUCCUCCGCCGCAGCCAAUGAAGAGAUAGAAGAGGUCACCGUGGCUAACACAAACCCUCUCAACAAGGGGCAGUACUGGAUCCCCACACCCUCCCAGAUUUUGAUCGGACCUACCCAGUUUUCUUGCCCUCUUUGCUUCAAGACUUUCAAUAGAUACAAUAACAUGCAGAUGCAUAUGUGGGGGCACGGUUCACAAUACCGAAGAGGAGCGGAAUCUCUAAGGGGCGCGCAACCAACGGCAAUGCUAAGGCUCCCGUGUUAUUGCUGCGCGGGUGGGUGCAGGAACAACAUAGACCAUCCGCGAGGCAAGCCUCUCAAAGAUUUCCGAACCCUCCAAACACACUACAAGAGGAAGCAUGGGAUAAAGCCCUUCGUAUGCAGGAAAUGCGCCAAGGCCUUCGCGGUCAGGGGCGACUGGAGAACGCACGAGAAGAACUGUGGCAAGCUCUGGUAUUGCACGUGCGGAUCCGAUUUCAAGCACAAGAGGUCGCUCAUGGACCACAUUAAGGCCUUCGGGAAUGGCCACGACGCUUAUGGGGUCCGUUGUUUCCAAGAGGAGGACGUUGCGUCUCAAAUCGAACAUCAUAAUGAGUCUUCUAGCUAGAGGUUACUAAAUUCAAAUGGACCUUAAUGUUAUUUUGAUAAUGUCGAAAUUGUUGGAUUGAA